AUGGCGACAUCUCGGGGACGCAAAGACCGCUUGUUACCAUCAGAUGGAUGGCCACAAAUACCAACGGACAUUGACUUCGAAGUAGGAGCCUUGGGAGGUAGAACGCAUGCAAUGGACACUCUCGCAGGCAAUAUACAAUUUCAGAAAACGCCUGUUAGUAAAGAAAAGAGACUAGAGGAGCUUACCCGCGAGGUAGGUCGUCUUCGGCAUGAGCUUGACUACUGGAGAAGCCUCGCCAACAGGCGCUCAUCUCUCAUGACAUCUCUCGAUACAAUCGCCCAACAACUAAUCGGUAUUGUCGAUUCUUUUGAUCGUGAGACAAAAAUGUCUCAUACCGAGUGGAUGCAAGAAGCGGAAAUCGGUGUCGGUAGGCGUUUGUUCCCCAAGGGGGACCGAUGUGAUGGCCCCGCCCCUGGUCAGAACAUCCGGCAAGGACCAAACGAGGAAAUCCCAGAAAGCAUUACCUUUGCUCCCGUCAGGACCAGCGAUAAGCAGUAUGACUUCCAAAUCGUAGAUGCUAAGAACAAUAAGAUAAUGUCAAUACCGGGGAGGUCGCGGCACAACUGGCUGUAA